CCGACAUCGACUGCUUUCGCAAAUUCUCCUAACACAAAACAACCGGCCCUCUAUAUCCCUUGUCUGUUCCCAUAUUAACCUUCAUUUUCAUCACCUCAUCUACAUCAUGCUCCCCGCCGCUGCCCGUACUCGAAUGCUGACCGGCCACCUAGCCGGCAAUACCUCCCGGGUCGGUCCAGCCUUGCUCAAUGCAGCCCCUAGCCUCCUCUCUCCUCGCAAUACCUCCUCCUCCUCCUCCUCACCUUCCCUCGCCCGUACCUUCUCUAGCUCUCUAGUAACGUCUCGUGAAGUCAAGAAUGUGACUGUAUUUGGUGCUGGUCUAAUGGGAGCAGGGAUUGCUCAAGUCCUCGCACACAAGGGAGGGUACAAUGUCACCCUUGCCGACGUGACGGACAAGGCUCUCGGCAAUGGUCAAAAGAUCAUCUCCAAAUCCCUCACUCGUAUCGCCAAGAAGUCCAUGGCAGACAAGUCCGAAGAGGAGCAAGCUCACUUUGUCAAGUCAAUCGUGGAUUCAAUUAAGAUUACUACUGAUGCGGGUCAAGCAGUGGAAAAGACGGAUUUGGUAAUUGAAGCUAUCAUUGAGAAUGUGGGAGUAAAGCAGGAGUUGUUCAAGUUUCUUGAUGGAAAGGCUCCCAAGGAGACCAUCUUUGCUAGCAACACAAGCUCGCUCAGUGUGACGGAUAUUGCUCAGACAUCGUCCAGGAAGGAUCGCUUCGGAGGCUUCCAUGCCUUCAACCCUGUGCCGCAAAUGAAGCUGGUGGAGGUGGUGCGUACAAAGGACACCUCCGACGAGACCUUUGAUGCGCUAAUGGACGUGGCCAAGAAGAUGGGCAAGACGCCCGUGGCAUGCGUGGAUGCUCCAGGCUUCAUCGUCAACCGUCUCCUCGUCCCCUACAUGCUCGAGGCUAUCCGACUCGUCGAGCGCGGCGAAGCCACUCCUCGUGAUGUGGACACGGCCAUGAAGCUCGGUGCUGGCUACCCAAUGGGACCAUUCGAGCUGGCCGACCUAGUCGGUCUCGACACCCUGCAGCACAUUUCUCAAGGAUGGAGAGAGACCCGUGUGGACACGGGAGAGAUUGCAGAGGAGAUUGUCAAGGCUACACCUCUACUUGAGAAGCUCGUGGCGGAGGGUAGGUUGGGAAAGAAGAGCGAAAAGGGAGGAUUUUAUGAUAAUUAGAUUAGACUGGGCGUGAGGAUCAAAGAGGGCCAGGAUAGGGAUUUGAGCACACACCCUGUCUUGUCUAAGCUGCUUUCACCCCAAUAGCAUAUAAGUCAACCUUGCCCUUAAGAAGCAAGUGCCAACAAACACUGAUCUUGUAGGACAAUACCCGUACAAGUGCACACAGCUCAGACCUCGGCAGUCGUCAAACGUAGAAAAGAUGCUCGCUUGUAAUUGAACAGUACAUUAGCAGA